AUGGCCGUUGCUCGCCAGGACUCGAGGCCAGUGAAGGCCCGGCCUUUGCCGCGUGCAGACGCGCCCGCGGCGAUGCUGCGCUGCCCCGGCACACAGCUGCCCGCGUGCUGCUCUCGUGGGGUCGGAGUCACGUCCACCUGUGCCCACAGGUUCCGUGCACGGCCCCUCGGCGCCCGGCCCAGCCCGGGGACCCUCGCUCCGACUCCUCCAGCGAUCCUCGCUCCUCCAGCGACCGCUGUCCUCGGAGUCGUCGGGGCAAACCCUGCUCGCGACGCCGAUGGCGGGCGCCCAUGCCCGCCCGGGCCUGCCCGACGGAGGCGUGGGCCCGGGGAGGGGGCAGGCCACGCGGCCGGCGCAGCGCCCCCUGCGGGCCGGGCGGGGUCGGUCCGGGCGCCCCUCCGGGACGGCGGGGCCAAGGGGCGGCGGCCGCUUCGGGCGGGCGGGCCGGGCCGGCGGAGGAGUCGGGCUAUUUUGUGA